GAGGCAAGAACGAAUUAGUUCGGCGAAUUAGGUGAAAGUUGUUGUGGAUUGAGUCCUGACGGCUUGGUUAACUUUUGUUGAAAAGUAGUCAUAUUCCAUUCUUAUUAUUUGAAAAUUCUUUAUGCUUAACGAAUUCUUUAAAGUUAUAUAACAUUAUUAUUAUUGUAUUUUAUCCGACGUUCGAACAUGUAUUCGUAAGAAAUGUUGGAUGAAUGGAUUAUUGUCUGUCCGGCAAAAUGAAAAACCGAUUCGACACAGUAUUUCAGGAUACAUUUGUUCUGCUCGGGACCCCAUGCUAGCUCCUGGCGCUUUAAAUUAAAUAUAGCAGUUCGGCUCCAUGUGUACGUAAAUCUAACCUCGGAAUCUGCACAUCCCAGUCGGUUAUCUUUUAUAGAAACAUCUAUUUUGGAAAAACAGACGAUAAUUUUAAAAACGUAGUUUUCAGCUGGGAUGUGUUUCAUAUUAAUGGAUAAAGUAAUAUUCUACUCGCCUUCGAUUAGGUUACAGUAAUUAAAAGCUAACCAUUUUUAAGGAAAUAAAGCAUGGAUUUCGCUAUGUUUUGUAAGGUUCUUUUUUAACACGAAUUUACAUUUAUUAAUUUACAAAUCUUACUUCAGAAGGGAUUUUAUCGUGGCGUCAAGGUACAAUUCAGUGUUUUUGUUUAAAUAUAGUAAAACUGUGGCUAGACUUCACAUUUUACAUUAAGAAUAGUGCAGUAUACAAACAUAUCAUAAUGGUAAAUUUAAACUAGAACAUACAAGUUUGGAGAAUAGACGUGGCAUGAACCAAUUUCAGAAAAAUAAAUUGGGAAAAUACACUAGGAACACAUUAGGAAAAUAGACAAUGGAGCUCAAAUGGACCCUUCACAUGCUUUGCUAACUGAAUGUAAGAAUCAUAAAUAAAUGUAUUUUGGGACUAACAAGUAUUUCCUAUGGAGCACAUACUAGCAGACAAAAAGAAGACUGCAGCUCUUCUUCUUUACUUGAAACGGCGGCGACGCAGGAUGAUAUGGGUGAAUCCACAGAACCAAAGGCGAAAACAGGAAGGAGACUAUUAUAUCUUGAUGUCCCAGUUACAUUUAGAUAGAGACCGUCAUCGUGCCUAUUUUCGCAUGAGUGCAGAACAGAUGGAAGAUCUCCUGUGUUUAAUUGGGCCGGAUAUUACAAAGAUGUCAACAAAUUACAGAGCUCCUAUUGAACCAAAGCAAAGGCUAGCAGUCACACUCAGGUAUCUGGGAUCAGGUGAAUCAUUUACCAGUCUUGCACUGAGUUAUCGACUUGGCAUUUCAACUGUAUCAGCUUGCGUAGAGGACACUUGCAAAGCAAUUAUUAAAAGAAUGUUACAGUGUCACAUGUCUCUUCCCAGUGAGGAUGAGUGGAAAGCCAUUUCCCAGAAUUUUGGACAAAAGUGGAAUUUUCCCAACUGCCUUGGGGCAAUUGAUGUAAAACGCAUUCACAUUAAGGUUCCCACACACAUUGGAAGCCAGUAUUUUCACUAUGAAAAAGAAACCUCAGUUUUUCUGCUGGCUUUAGUUGAUGCAGAUUAUCAGUUUAGAAUGAUAAAUGUUUCUGAAUUUAAAGGUGAUGAAGGACUUUAUGCAAGCUCUUCAAUUGGAAAAGGAUUAGAAAACAAGUCUCUAAACAUUCCUGAAGAUUAUGUUUUACCAGAUCAAAGUUAUGGUGAUAAGUUGCCAUUCACUAUUGUGGGUACUGCAGCUUUCCCACUUAAAACAUAUUUAAUGAGAGUGUACCCUGGCCAAAGCCUUUCGAAAGAGAAGCGUAUUUUCAACUACCGUUUGUUAAGGGCAACAGAUGUAGCAGAAAAUGCCUUUGGAAUUCUUACUUCAAGAUGGAGGAUCUUUUAUGGGAGAAUUAAACUUCAUCCCAAAAAGGUUGAACAACUGAUAACAGCUGCAUGUAUUCUACAUAAUUAUGUACUAAAUCCCAGUGAAUGUGAGGGAUGGCUUUAUGAAGGUGAAACAACUGGUGGCAGUCUAGAAUCUGUGCACAACGUGGGUAGUAAUCGAGCAAAUUGGAAUGCCGUUUGCAUCAGAAAAAUGUUCUGCCAAUAUUUCUGCUCGCCAGAAGGAAGCUUACCGUGGCAGGUUAAAAUGGUGUGAGAGCAACAAAGAGGGACAUUAGUCAGUAGUGUACCUUGUACAUCUUUAAGGCUUCCCUGAAGCAUAGUUGCUUUACUAAGUUUUCAGUGUCUUUUUCACCACUGGGUAUCAAAUCAUAAUGUUGGUCUAUUUGCAAUGUCAGCCCAGCAAUAGAGUCUAUCCUAGGCUCAUUUUUACUUUUCUCUCCUGUGGCUGGGAUAUCCAUGACCGAAAAUUGGAUUAAGAGGUUAGAAACAAUGGUAACAUGCUAUUUACUAUUUCUAAUAACACUUCUGACCUACUAAAUAUUAUAUAUUCAAAUUGAAAUUAAAAUUAGAUGUAUUUUAAGUUAAGUAGGUAAUGAAAUUUUGUAUAUGGUUAAAAAGUUUCAUUGUCUCCUCUUAAAUGACAGACACAGUUUUAUGUAUACGGUUUUUACUACAGAAUUACAUUAUCCUGCUAUAUGGGAUUAGUCAUGUUAAGGAAAUUGAUGCAUAAUUGAUUACAAUGCGUGCAUAUUAAAAUAAGGAACCUGUGGCAUUCAUUAAAUUAGUUUUAACAUUACAGCAGAGAAAAGUAACUUUUGUACCUGGAGAAAAAUGUGAAAUACCCCUUAAAGUAUUAAAGUUCAAUUUUAUAAUAAAAUAAAGAUG